AUGUUCUGGCGUUAUCUGGCCAGUAUCCUGCCUCCGGAAGAUUUUCAAAAACUCCAGAGCAUGACCGACAGGAAAUCACGUGUGAUUUCUGACUUAAUAACAAAACUGCAUGACGAUAAAUUGCGUAAGUUUGGGAUUAUAAGACAGCCUAAGUUAAAGCCAUUACGCCCUGUUGAAGUGGCUUCCAAGGUGACAACACCUACCGAUCAGCACGAGGAUAGGAAGAAAGUGCUAAACUUAUCAUCACUUCCUCUCAAUCCCGAAACAACCGCGUUCCUGGAAAAAGGACUCUAUUUUUCAAUUCAAUAUGACAAAAACCUUAUAGAAGACAUCCUGCUGGACGUUAUCAAUAUCUCCGACAACUUCCCUGGGUAG